UCAAUUACCGGGGCUGUCAACUCCUUCAACUUGUGUUUCCCUCCCACUAUGAGCAGACCAACUCUGAUGCACAGCUCUGUGGCUUUCUGUAGCAUUCUCUUCCUCCCCUUAGCCACACAAUGUCUGGCUUUCCAAAAAGUAGAAAAGAUGGAGGUAGCACAUGCUUAUGCAGAGAAAGAGCAGUCUCAGAAGAUGGACACAGGUGACCAAGAAAACAUCUCCUUUGCUCCAAAGUCCAUGCCCCAGCAGAUGUCCUCUGAAGCUCCAAUGGUACUGUCUGCAGGAUCAUCAGUGAUGCAGUUAAAUAAAGUUACCCCAGUACCCACUUCUAGUACUCAUUCCAUUUUAGAAGGGAUCACAGAUGUAACACGUGACUUCCUGAAGUAUGUGGAUAAUCAAUUGUUUCCAUCUGAAAGUCAGGAAGCAGUUAGCUUGGGAAAUACACCUUCAUCCUAUAUAAAUACCAAAGAAAUGAUAACUGCCAAUUCAAGACCCGAGGAACUUAAAACAGAUGCAGUCAAGAAGACCACUGCCUUUCCUGGUGCUGAUUCCACAGCAGACACAGAGCCUGGUGGGGAGAGGCCCUCAGAGAAGCCGGCUGAUAAUGCCCAGACCACUAUCACCAUACACUUGGUGGCAACCCCUGAAGAUAUUUUGAAUAUUGAUCCAACAGCUGACAGUCUUCUGAGGGACCUCAAGGUCACAGUGAGUGUCAGCACAGCUGUUCCAGUUUCUUCUGUCCCAAGUGAUGAGUGGGAUGACACCAAAUUUGAGAGUGUGAGUCAGACAAGGAUCCCAGAUUCAGGAGACAGUGCAGAGACUCAAGUGAUCACAGAGCCACCACACAGAAUGCAUGAGAGCUAUGAAGGGAUUGAGGGGAGCCCCGCUUCCACUAAGGUUACUAAGGUGUCAUCACUCAGAGAUAACAAUGGCCAUUCAAGAACCAGACAGUACUCGGUGACACAAAGACAUACUGAGCUUCCCAGAGGCUGUGGCGAGCCUGAAGAAGACAUGUUAACCCCCUUUCCUGUGUCUGCUGACGUGGAUGCCACUGAACUGUCUGGAAGAUGGGAGUCUCUGGCCACUCCAGCCUCCACCACUGUUGUCCCUUUGCCUCUUGAAGUUACCUCUUCUAUGGGAGACACUAUCACUGGGCCAAAUGUACCAAUACCUAUUUUGGACUCUCCAAUGAUGCCCCCUGUAAUGACUGUGGAAGCUCUCACAAAUUCCCAGCAGUCCAUUCUGAAAGAAUAA